CGAGGUUAUCGAGUUCAGUUUCACUUCGGCUGACUAUCCGCUUAACACGUGCUGCCAGACGCACUGAAACAACCAUGGCUUCUGGAGAACUUGCAUUAAUAAGUGUUUCGGACAAGACAGGCUUGAUUCCAUUUGCCAAAGAGUUAGUUGCCCUUGGAUUGAAGCUAGCUGCAUCAGGUGGCACUGCAAAGGCAAUAAAGGAUGCUGGUAUACCUGUUAGCUGUGUAUCCGAUAUCACCGGAGCAGCAGAGAUGUUGGGAGGACGCGUCAAAACACUCCACCCUGCAGUCCAUGGAGGUAUUCUGGCACGUCUGACAGAAUCGGACCAGGCUGACAUGAAGAAGGCGGGAUAUACAAUGAUACGUCUGGUAGCAUGUAACUUGUAUCCGUUUGUAAAGACUGUAGCUGACCCCAGUGUACUGCCUGAGAAUGCUGUGGAACAAAUAGACAUAGGGGGAGUGACCCUACUGCGUGCAGCUGCCAAGAACCAUGCCCGUGUGACAGUGGUGUGUGACCCAGCCGACUACAGCCGCGUUUUGGAAGAAAUGAAGAAUAAUUCCACCAUUGAUACCAGAGAGGCUACCAGGCAACGACUGGCAGUGAAGGCAUUUAAUCACACAGCAGAGUAUGAUGCUGCCAUUUCUGACUAUUUCCGCCGUCAGUACAGUGCUGGAGUAUCACAGCUAUCUCUCCGAUAUGGAAUGAACCCACAUCAGAAACCUGCUCAGAUAUCAACUACCCUGCCCAACCUCCCCAUUAAAGUUCUAAAUGGCUCACCUGGAUUCAUCAACUUAUUGGACGCUCUCAAUGGUUGGCAACUGGUGCGAGAAAUCAGUCAAGCAUGCAACAAGCCUGCUGCAACCUCCUUCAAGCAUGUCAGUCCUGCAGGUGCCGCCAUUGGAGGGCAGGGUAUGAGUGAGGCUGACCGCAAGGUGUGCAUGGUAGAUGAUUUAGAGGAGUUGUCUCCCUUGGCUGAGGCGUAUGCCAGAGCUAGAGGAGCAGACAGGAUGUCAUCUUUUGGAGACUUCAUUUCCUUGUCGGACACAUGUGAUGUUUCCACAGCAAAGAUCAUCUCGCGAGAGGUAUCUGACGGCAUCAUUGCACCGGGCUAUGACAAUGAAGCUUUGGAAAUCCUUCAGAAGAAGAAAGGGGGAAACUAUUGUGUUCUACAGGUUGACCCAACCUAUGAUCCUCCAGCCACCGAGACACGGACAGUGUUUGGACUACAGAUGCAGCAGAAACCUAAUGAUGCUGUCAUCAAUCCAGAAAUGAUGACCAAUGUUGUCACCAAGAAAACAGAGCUAGGACAAGAUGUAUUAGAGGACCUGAUUGUGGCCAGUAUUACCCUUAAAUACACACAGUCUAACUCUGUGUGCUAUGCCAAAGGCGGUCAGGUGAUCGGGAUAGGGGCAGGACAACAGUCACGUAUCCACUGUACACGCCUGGCCGGGGACAAGGCCAACAACUGGUGGCUGAGGCAACACCCCAAAGUCAUGGAAAUGAAAUUCAAGAAAGGUGUGAAGAGAGCAGAGAGAAACAAUGGUAUCGACCAGUUUGUGCUCGGGACAGUAGGAUCGGACAUGGAGUUGGAGACGUGGAAGAACUUGUUUGAGGAUAAACCACCUACUUUUCUGUCACAGGAGGAAAGGAAGGAAUGGAUUUCCCAGUUGAGGGGGGUUUCCCUCAGCUCAGAUGCAUUCUUCCCCUUCAGAGACAACAUUGACCGGGCAGCACAGAGUGGUGUGGAGUACAUUGUAUCCCCAGCAGGAUCCACAAAUGACGGGGGUGUUAUCGAGGCAUGUAACAAACACAAAAUGGUCAUGGUUCAUACCAACACGCGGCUCUUCCAUCAUUAGGGGCACAUCCCUUCAUACAGCAUAGAUGUCAAAACAAGACUGUUCCUCAUAACAAUGACACCUGCGACCAACUCGCAAAAAAGACAUUUCAGUCAUAUAAAGGCAAUGCUGACCAAAGCAUAUAUAUUGCGUGCUGUCUAAUCAUUCCACAUUGUCAACGAUCAGAAUACAUUUGUUCCAUGUCAAAUAAUGUCUCAAAACUUGCCAGAUCUCAAAUGACAACAUUGUUAUAUUAACUUGACAAAUAAAUCGUUUUUGGAAAAGAAA